AUGGCAUACACCAUGGUGGAUCUGUGCUGGAAGCUGGCCGUCUCCUUUUUUUGCUGUCAAGUUGUCUCAGGAGGAGUUACGAAGGAGGGACAUUAUGUUGCUGCCGUGUAUGAACACGAGUCCAUACUGACUCCUAACCCAACAGCCCUGGUUGAUCGACAGUCUGCGCUGGAACUCAUGGGCAGAAACCUAGACAUCUAUGAACAGCAAGUAGUGGCUGCUGCACGACAGGGAGCACAGAUCAUUGUUUUUCCUGAAGAUGGAAUCCAUGGCUUCAACUUCACCAGAAGCUCCAUUUAUCCUUACUUAGAUUUCGUUCUGCAUUCACACUCUGUGAAGUGGAAUCCAUGCAGAGAGCCAUAUUUGUUCAAUGACACAGAGAUUCUUCAGCGUCUGAGCUGCAUGGCGCUGAAGAACAAGAUAUUCCUUGUGGCAAACUUAGGAACUAAGCAACCCUGUGAGCACACUGAUCCCUACUGUCCAUCGGAUGGAAGAUACCAGUUCAAUACCAACGUGGCAUUCAAUGACGACGGUAUGCUGGUAGCCACGUAUCGCAAAUACAAUCUGUAUUUUGAAUACGCUUUUGAUACCACUCCAGAGCCUGACUAUACAUUCUUUGAUACCCCUUUUGCUGGCAAGUUUGGUAUGUUCACUUGCUUUGAUAUACUCUUUUUUGAGCCUGCAGUGAACCUCAUCAGACAACACAAUUUGAAACAAGUUGUCUAUCCAACUGCCUGGAUGAACCAGCUCCCGCUCCUGUCUGCUGUAGAGUUUCAACAAGCUUUUGCAACAGCUUUCAACAUCAAUAUUUUAGCAGCUAAUAUCCACCACCCUACCUUGGGCAUGACAGGGAGUGGCAUAUACACUCCAGUCAAGUCGUUCAUCUACCACAACAUGGAAAGUUAUGGUGGCAAGCUCAUAGUAGCAGAAAUUCCUGUGAUUACCACAGAUUACAAAAACAAUUUGGAGAGUAACGAAAGAUUCAGAGAGAACUUACAUCACUCAUGCAAGACUUUUACAAGCAUCCCAAUAGAUGAUCAAGUUUGCUUUAAGGAGGGACAAGAGGCGCCUGGCAGAGUAUCAGAAAAAGGAGAUGAACAGUUACCUCCCCUAUUUUAUGCAGAAAUGAUGUAUGACAAUUUUACUUUCGUUCCUGUAUGGGGGGAAAAAGGAGAGCUCCAGGUUUGUGCCAAUACCCUUUGUUGUUACUUAAAUUAUCAGAGAACUGUUUUAACCGAAGAAUUAUACGCUUUGGGAGUUUUUGAUGGGCUCCAUACAGUGCAUGGCACAUACUAUGUCCAGGCCUGUGCAUUAGUAAAGUGUGGUGGUCUCAGCUUUAGCACUUGUGGACAGGAGGUUACAGAUGCCACUGCUCUGAUAGAUUUCCAGCUAUGGGGAAAUAUGAGUACCCCUUAUAUCUUUCCUUUACUGCUGACAUCUGGUAUUACCUUGGACUUUGCUGAUCACAUGGGCUGGAAAAACAACCACUAUUUCAUAAGCAAAAAUAGAACAUCUUCUGGCCUACUGACAGCUGCUGUGUAUGGACGAUGGUAUGAAAAGGACUAGCACAGAUACUUGACUGAAUCAGAAAACAACUGCCCAUAUUUUCAGAGUAUGUAUCUUAACAUAAGUUGUUGAACAUCUGUACUGCCUAGAGCUUCAGGUAUGUUUGUUACAUGACUGACUGAUUAGAUUCCACAUUU